AUGCAUCGGUACACCAUCCGGCUCAUUUUCGCCAGCAACUUCCUCCGGCACUUCAUUGUCAUUGGCUAUCAUGGCGGCACCUGGGACAGGUACAGCUUCAACAGGGACCACGGCGAGGGGUCCCACAACGGGUACGGCUUCCUGCACCGCAAGAACGUCCCAUAUCUCUCCAGCUCCUUGGUUAUCGAGUGGGUCCGGUGGAUCGUCGACCUCGUCAACCCCUUCAAGCCCAGCGUCAUUCACGUCAUGUACAUCCGGUCCGUGGCCGAAGACCUCGUCGUUAUCUCCGGGAAGUCCAGCGACGUCGAGGAACCCGUCCAGCGGUGGCAGUUCCUCAUGCAAUCCAAGAGGAAGGAUCGGCGCGUCGACGAGCAAUCCAUGCGCCAGCAUAUAGUCCGUGAGCACAACAUGCAGCGCCAUCACUAG